CCCAACCAUAGCAUGUGUCUUUAAAAGAUAUCCAAAGCUAUGUUUGACCUCAAACAGAUAUCUAGAUUGGGGCUGGUAGUAGCUGUAGUUGCUCUUGUUGUUGCUGUUGUUUUUACACAGCAGCAACAGCAACAACAAUGCCCUAUGACCAUCAUUUCACAGUCGUGCUCUCAAACAUAACAUUGCAGUUGUAAUAUUGCCAGACUGAAGUUAUAUCUGUCUCUGUGUGUUUGCUAAGAAGCAGCUCUACAUCUCCGCAGAGCUGCACAUGUGAAAAAGGAGAGCAAAGAAUCCAGCGCACAUCCAAUUUCCUCCUCUUCCUUGCAAGUAGCAUGCUUGUUUCCCUCAUGCCACUUGUGCAGGCGGCCCUGUGGACACGGUCAAUAAGGAGCUGCUGGUGUCCUCUUGCAUCCCCUCUGGCCUAAUGACAACCUCUGGCAGCGAGCCAGGACUUUGCACAGAGGACACGGAGCGCAUUGGAGGAGUUGGCGAAGCUUCUUCUCUGGUCUGCUUUGGAAACUGUCAGGCAAUUGUGGAUCUGGCUUUAAGAAGAAAUAAGGACCCCUCUCACUCCUCCUAUGCUCCCUCUCCCUCCCUCCCCUUUUCUUUCUUUCCCUCCUGACAAUCCCUCCCUUUCUCAGUGGUGCAAAGGAUUUCUUUUUUUUCCAGAAAGCAGUGUCUCUGAGGAAGAGGGAGCGAAAGCGAGAGAGGGACAGGCUGCUUCCAGGAUUCUGCUCGAGCCAAGAUGGGAAUGUAGUCUGUGGUAUUUCACAGCGCAGCUUCUCAGACGAAACUAGAAGCGUAGAAUAUUUGCUACGAAAGAAGAAGAAAGAGAAGGAGAAUUGUACAUCUCCCCACCUCCUGGGAUCGCACAGGAAAUUGUGAGGUUGUCUUUUCACUUAGUCAGUGCUGCACAUUGUUUUGAUAUUUCUCCUUAGCCUCAUCCCCCUCUCUCCCUCCCUUCUUUUAACUUCCAACUCCCAUCUUUAUUUCCACCCAUCCCACACCCUUCUCUGGGCUAGAGGCUUUUGCUUUGACUGUGGGGUUUGCGCCGGAGAAAACUAGUGAGGAGGGGCUGAAGUAUCUCUUCUCCGCUGGAAGUGGUAGACGACGAUUUGUGCUGGUUACUUGAGCUUUUAACUGGGAAUUUUUGAAUUCCCUUCUUUGGAUUGUCUGUCUGGACAAAAGAAGAUUUUUCUCCUUUGGGGAAGUCAGUCAGAGAAUAAGAGAGACGAGACCGUUUCCAUGAUGAGCUGGGGUGGAUUGCAGAUGGAACGGGGUUAUAUUUUUGGAUUCUGUUGCUUAGUUCUUUUGGAUCCAGGACAGGUUUGGACUGGGAAUCCCAGUACCCAGAAACCUGAGCCAGAAGCGCAAAUUGAAGUCAACAGCAACGCCAGCUUUGGCCCCACUUUGGAGGACACUGCUGUGGCCACCACUGAGGCCAUACUUGGGGGCGAUCGGUGCCUUGGUUAUUACGAUGUCAUGGGUCAGUGGGACCCACCCUUUAACUGCAAUUCUGGGAUCUACAAGUUUUGUUGCGGGACCUGUGGUUAUCGCUUUUGUUGCCAGUUCACAACUGGGCGACUGGACCAAAGUGGCUGUACCAAUUAUGACAGGCCAGAAUGGAUCAACACAGGCCAACCACCACCUCAGGUGGACGAGACCCCCGAGAACCCCACACGGGACAAGACCAACAUGAUUGUAUACAUCAUCUGUGGUGUGGUGGCCAUCAUGGUGCUGGUAGGCAUCUUUACAAAGUUGGGACUGGAGAAAUCACAGAGCCCUCAGGCAGAGAUGACCAUGUCCAGGACGCUCACGGAUCUCCUGAAACAGCCAGGAGGACAUGGACCAUCUGACAUCUUGCCAGAGAGCCACAUUGGCAGUGUGCAGGUCCAGAUUAGUGAUGGGUUUUCUCGAUCUCCCAGGAAUAGCACAGACAAGAACCACUUGAACAACGCUGUGGUUAACCCCUCCAGCGUCUCACAGAUUGGGCUGUCGCAUUCACACAACAACCGGCUGCAAAUGGCAAGCACGCUGCCACACCAAGCGCCCGACUAUGCCAAGUAUGCAACUCUCAAGGCUGUAGAAAGUGCUCCUGAGGAAUUCUACAAGCGGUUUCCUGUGGUGGACAUGCCGCCAUCAGCUACGCUGUCCUUCCCUCCCUUGACGCUACACCAGAAAGACGUUUCUCCCUUUCAGGACGGCUGUGCUCUGAUUGGCUUGGCAACACCAGGACAGAAGGCCAAAGUGAUGAAAGCCAGUGCCCACACACUGGCAGGCAGCCCGGCCUUCAAACCAGGGUGGGAUCCCAACCACCCUGACCUUCGACGGCAGGCCUACACCACCAAGCGCCAGUUCAGCAUCGAGAAGCUCCCAGAGGUCUUCAGCCAGACGCCCACCCACUAUGCCCAGCAGCAGCGGCCCUUCUCCACCAACAGCAAGACGGAAGUCACUGUCUAGAGCAGACCUCCUCCUCAAUCUCCCCUCCCUUUGAAAUAUUCAAGCAGCCUGUGAGGUGCGGCCUGCCUUGUCAAGCUGGAGCACCUAGUGUUGACUUGGCAGAGCGGCUCCCUCCUCUCGGCUGGCACUGCUAGGUUCUGUCAGAGAGCGAGGGAAUUAGGAAGGAAGCUUGGCCACCGGUGCUGAGGGAUCAUCUGCGGCUCCUAACAGAACUUGCCCAUUUGCUGUGGCCCUCUGUUUUCUGCAUCCUGACAGAACUCGGCCAGCAUGCGUGGUGAAACCGGCAUGCAUGUCGCUCCACACUUCGAUGCACGACUCUUGUUUGUAGCUCACGUCUUCAUCACAUCGCACAUCCCAGAAUGGUCAGCAUCCACCGGAAACCUGAGGACUCCACUACCGUUCUGCAUGGAGAUGCAUCAAAGGGAAAGUUGGCGGGGUGGUAAAUAAAAUAUAUCAUUCUUUUCCCUUUGCCAAGAAAGGACAA